AUGCCGAUGCCGCUGUUGCAAAAAGUUCGCGAGUCAUUACGCAUGGUGCGUUUGGUCGAUGGUGGUGGUGAUGAUGGUGGUGGUGGUGGUGACGUUGGUGCCGGUGGCAAUGGUGAUGCCGGCGAGGUGGUGGCGAGGUGGUAUCAUUUUGGUGGUGGUGGUGGUGGAGGUGGUGUUUACGCUAUCGCGUUACUUGUGAUUUUCAGGUAUCAUUUUGGUGGUGGUGGUGGUGGAGGUGGUGUUUACGCUAUCGCGUUACUUGUGAUUUUCAGGUAUCAUUUUGGUGGUGGUGGUGGUGGAGGUGGUGUUUACGCUAUCGCGUUACUUGUGAUUUUCAGGUGUCAUUUUGGUGGUGGUGUUGUUGUUGUUGUUGGUGGUGGUGCUGGAGGUGGUGUUUACGCUAUCGCGUUACUUGUGAUUUUCAGGCAAAAACUUUUUUAG